AUUGCAAUAAUGUAGAGGUUCCAGUGGAUUGAAAAACGAAAAUACGAAGAUUAAGCUAUUGGCGGGAGCUAGUGUGGAAAAAUAAAUGGUAAAACCUUUCUUAAAAAAAAACUUGAAAAUAAAUAAAUGGCACCAAGUCCCAGGUUGUCUGCAACGUCAGUCCUCACUGUAAAUUAAUGAGAAGAUCUUAAUAAAUAAUUUGUUACCAUUUUCCUUAAAAUAAUUUUGAUAAUAGAGGAAGUAAAAUCUAUACGAACAGAAACAAAUAUAUUUUAAAAAUAUUUUUUUUUACAUAUAUUAUGGCUAAAGAUCCUAUAAAAGAGGACUAAAAGAGAGUGAAUUCUGAAUCUUUCACUUUAAACUUGCCUACUUUUUCUGCAUUCUCUCUCUCUCUCCCUCUCUCUCUCUCUCUCUCUCUAAUUAACUAGAAUCCUUCAAACUUUUCACAAAAUCAAAAUCAGAAUCUCAGUUUUUCCUCCAAACAGAAUCUUGAAAAGCAAGAAAAUAUAAGUUAGGUGAGAGCCGAGUGAUGAUGAUGGAUGAAUAUAUGGACUUCAGACCAGUCAAGUACACAGAGCACAAGAAAGUGAUCAAGAAGUACACUAAAAAGUUGCCAGUGGAGGAGAACAAGAGGAAGAACAGUACUGGUCGUGACUCGGCCAGGUUGGUUCGGGUGUGCGUGAUGGAUGGUGACGCCACUGAUUCAUCAAGCGACGAUGAGGAGGAGUUUAUGUUCCCUAGGAGACGUGUCAAAAGAUUGAUUAACGAGAUCAGAGUUGAACCGAGCUCCUCCUCCUCCGGCGAAGUCUCGGCUCUGGCCGCCGUUGACUCUCCUCCCCAAAUGGUCUCUGUUUCCGGCGCCGACCAAAACCAGAAGAAGUUCCGCGGCGUGAGACGUCGACCGUGGGGAAAAUACGCGGCGGAGAUUCGUGAUCCAGUGCAACGCCGGAGGAUCUGGCUUGGUACUUUCUCAACGGCGGAGGAAGCUGCUGUCGUCUACGACAACGCAGCAAUCAGGCUUCGUGGCCCUGAUGCUCUUACCAACUUCACCGUACCACCAAAACCGGAACCAGAACCGGACCGGGAGAGCAACGUAUCUGUUUAUUCAACAUCAGAAUCAGUGGAAGACUCUCAUCAUCAUCUAUCUUCUCCAACAUCAGUUCUGAACUACCAUAUACCCGAGCCGGUUGAUGAACCGGUCAAACCGGUUAAGCAAGAGUUUAUUGAACCGGAACCAAUAAGCUGUCACCUAGACGAAGUUUAUAAUUCAUUUCCAUUGGACAUUACAUUUCCGGACAACUAUUUCACCGAAACAUUGGAGGACAUUUCCAUAUUUGAUCAGUCCAUGUCUCCUAUUCAAUCAUCGGAGAGUAAUUUCUUCGACGAUCUUAUGCUAUUCGAUAACAGCAACAUAGGUGGAGAGAGCUACUCUUCUAAAAUGAAAGAGAUUGGUUCCAUAUUCAAUGAUCUUGAUGAUUCUUUGAUAUCGGAACUUUUAGUUGUGUGAUAUUUGUACCAAGGAGAAAAAAAAACAUUGGUUGCGAAUAUUGCUGGUGUAAGUCACAGUUUUGAUUAAUUUUUCUGUUUUUUUUCUUUAUAAUGUUGAGAAGUUUUGUAAUAUUGUAUUGUCAGUUUGUAAAACAGUUUUGGGAGAAAUAUUACAAAUGAGUA